AUGGAAUUUGCUGUUUCGUCAAUGACUGCCUCAAGGUUGCCAAUGUCUUCUCCUCUUCUUGCAAGAAUGAGGAAGUGGAGUAUAAUCAGGUCUUCUAUUCAAUCAACAUAUUCCACUCUUGCUGCAAUCAUCACAAACACAACUGGGAGAGUUGAAAAUCAAGUUAACAAGAAAAAGACAGUAUUCAUAUUAGGAGCAACAGCCACAGGAAAAUCAAAACUCUCAGUCGACUUAGCAUCUCAUUUCGACGCUGAAAUUAUCAAUUCUGAUAAAAUUCAGGUUUAUAAAGGUCUCGACAUUGUCACCAACAAGAUCCCUGAAGAUAAUCGCAAGGGUAUCCCUCAUCAUUUGCUAGGAUUUAUGGAUCCUGAAGCAGAUUUUACUGCACAAGACUUCUGCAACCAUGUAUGCAAAGCCAUGACUCACAUUACAGAAUACAAUGGGCGCGUCCCGAUCAUCGUUGGCGGGUCGAACAACUUCAUCAGGGCACUUGUAGAGGACCCACAUUCAAGCUUCAAAGCAAAUUAUGACAGUUGCUUUUUAUGGAUGGAUGUUGCAUUGCCUGUUUUGUACAAGCAUGUAGGGAAAAGGGUUGAUCAAAUGGUGAAAGCUGGUCUUGUAGAUGAAGUCCGAGAAACGGCCGUCUCUGGUUCGGAUUAUACUCGCGGAGUUUGGCGAGCUAUUGGGCUUCCUGAAAUGCAUGAGUUCUAUUAUGCAGAGAAAACCAUGUCUGAUGAAAAUACCAAGAAAAUGUUACUCGAUGCUGCCAUUGACAGGAUCAAAGAAAAUACAUGUAGGUUAGUGGAUGCACAGUUAGGUAAGAUCGAUAGGAUGAUACAUGAAUUAGGCUGGAAAAUACACAGGAUUGAUGCUACUUGUGUUGUAGAGAAGAGUGAAGACGAGGCAGUUGAGGCAUGGAAUAAGGUGGUGCUCAAACCAAGCAUCGAGAUUGUUAGGGGUUUUCUUGAAGGAUAGGUAAUUAAUAGGUUAGCUUUUGCUAAUACUACCUUCAUAGUUUAUUAAUAGCUGCAUGUAUACCUGCUGGAAAGAGCAACUGGAUCCCAUUUUUUUUUGCUCUUUCUUCUUUCUACCAAUGGCAGUUUGGUUUAGAAUAAGAUCACAGAAGUAGAACUUGUGUCUACUCUUUUCUUUCUUUCUUUUUUUGUGGCCAGAAACUUUAUGUCUACUUCGAUCUUGUGUCUGUCUCUCCAAAAAAAGAAGGCGCCCAUAUGAAAGGUAUCCAUGUUCUUUGUUUCUUGUUGCUUUUUCCGGAGUUCAAAUACUAACAUAUAUAGCAUUAUGAAAGACACUUAUAACUCAAGUAUUUGCUUGUUUCCUUAUUUUCAUUUGAAUAGAUUUGCAAGUGAUCUAACAGUUUGCCUUGUCAUUUUAAUCCCUUUCUUUCAUUAUCAUUUGAAUACUAUUC